UUUUCUAUGUUUAUCAAAUGAGAGAAAACAUGAUGGGGUUUUAGAGAGAAGAGGAAACAGAGAGAACGAGAGCAAAAGAUAGGGAAAAGGCAAAAUUUUUAGGGUUAGGGUUUUCUUUUUUUUUUGUUUGGAAUAAGAAAGAAAAAAUGGUGGUAGACAAAGGAAAGAAGAUGAAAGUAGCAGAGAAAGGAGAAGAAGAGAACUCAGAACAAAUCGAUGGAGACCUCGUCCUUUCCAUCGAGAAGCUUCAAGAGAUCCAAGACGAGCUUGAAAAGAUCAAUGAGGAAGCGAGUGAGAAAGUCUUGGAAGUGGAGCAGAAGUACAAUGUAAUACGCAAGCCAGUCUAUGAUAAGCGGAAUGAAAUCAUCAAGUCGAUACCUGAUUUCUGGUUAACAGCUUUCUUGAGUCAUCCUGCUCUUGGUGAACUUUUGACUGAAGAGGAUCAGAAGAUAUUCAAGCAUAUUAGCUCACUUGAAGUGGAGGAUUUUAAAGAUCUGAAAUCAGGAUACUCUAUUACAUUUAACUUCAACCCCAAUCCAUAUUUUGAAGAUACAAAGCUUACGAAGACCUUUACUUUCCUUGACGAGGGAACCAAAAUUGCUGCCACCCAAAUCAAGUGGAAAGAGGGCAUGGGCUUGCCAAAUGGAGUUAAUCAUCAGAAGAAAGGAAACAAACGGCAAUUUGCUGAGGAAAGCUUCUUUACCUGGUUUACUGAUGCUCAGCCGAAAGAUGACAUGGAUGAAAUUCAUGAUGAGGUAGCAGAGAUUAUCAAGGAGGAUUUAUGGCCCAAUCCUCUUACUUAUUUCAACAAUGAAGCUGAUGAAGAGGAUUUUGAUGGUGACGAAGGUGAUGAAGAGGGAAAAGAAGAAGAUGACUCUGAUGAUGAUGAUCAAGAUGAUGAUGAGGAUGAUGAUGAUGGUGGUGAUGAUGACUAAAAUCACUUACUGGCCUUAAUUGUCUUUGUCGCUUGCCUUGCUUUACUAAGAACUUGUGUAAAGUUGUCUUGUAGUGUUUGCUAAGUAAGGUUAUGGGGAGGAUGACCUUCUUUAAGAUAGCUUUCUUUGCUAUAUAAGCAACUGGCAUUAUUGUCAGCAUAGCUUUCAACUCAUUUCUUUUUGCCUAUCUCUCUUUUACCUUCUUGAUCUUUUUCUAUGUUUUUGUUUUUCUGGUUUCCUCCCCGUGGGGACAUGGAAUGAUAUUGGAAUACCGGCUUUUUAUCUUAGUUUUGUUUAAACUCCGUUAAUUAGAAGACUAAAAUUGUAUUAUGGUGUGGAAAUGCUGAAUAUAGGAACUCAAGACUUGACUCAGUUCAUAUCAUCAUUUUUGGGAGGCAGCAUUUAGAACGUAUGAGAUUUUAAAUCUCAGCAUCCACAAUCUCUUUUUCUAUUUGGUAUAGUCUCUUUGUAUUUGAAAAAAUACCGAAUAUAGCUGUCAGCAUUGAGCUGACAUCUCUAUGAAUUUGAGUCGUAUUAAGUGAUUGUUUCUAUAAUGAACUUGAGCGUGCUCUUACUGUUGUUUGCCAAAACAAUUAGGAGAGCCAGUGUCAUACGAAAGGUUAAAGUGGAAUUGGCAUUAAUGCUUAUGGCUGAUAGUUUUGUCUUGCAUUACUAUUGUUGUUAGAAUUACCACGCUGGCUAGGGAAGUUGGUUUAUGUUUCCUUUCCCCCUUCUGUUGGGCAAAAUAUUGAGACAUGGAAAGCUUGCAUUCGGGCGUGAUAUCCACCAUCUCCCCCU